AUGCUCUUCUCUUUUCUUCUUUCUUUCUUUUUUCUUCGUUUUCUUUUUUCUUCUUUUUCUUUUCUUUUUCUGUCUUUUUUCUUCUUUUUCUUUUCUCUCAUUUUCCUUUUUUUUCACAUUUUUUUCUUUUCUGUCUUUUUUUUUCUUUUCUUCUUUUUUCUUCUUUUUUGUCUUUUUCAUUUUCUUUUUAUUUUCUUCUUUUUCUUUUUUCAUCUUUUCUGUCUUUUUCUUUUCUCCUUUUUCUUUUUUAUACUUCUUUCUUUUUUCUCCCUUUUCUUCUUUCUUUUUUUUUCUUUUUUUUUUUUUUAUUCUUCUUUCUCCUUUUUCUUCUUCCUUCUUUUUUCUUCUUUUUCUCUUUUUUCAUUCUUUUUUCUCUUCUUUUCUUCUUCUGUGUGCCGUGUUCUUUCAGGACUUAUUCAUUCUAUAUUUCUGUUUUUUUUUUCUUUCUUGUUUUUUCUCCUUUUCUUUUCUUGUAGCUAUUAUUUUGAUGAUAUUUAUUUUUCAUUCGUUUUUUUUUCCUUUUUUUCUAUUCUUCUCUUUUUUUUCGUCUCUUUCCUUUUAUAUUUGCAUAAUUUUUUUCCUUCUUUCAUCUCUUUCCUCUCCUUCUUUACACUCUUACUUUCUUUCUUUGACUUUUGUCUUUCUCACUUUCUUUAUUUUUCAUCUCUUUCUUUCUUUUUCAUUUUAUUGCUUUCUCUCUCUCUCACUAUUACCCUAGCUUUGUUUUUUACUUUCUCCCCACUCUUUCUUUUUGUUUCUUCAUCUUACGGUUUCUAUCUAUCUCUCACUCUUUCUUUCUUUCUUUCUUUCUUUUUCUUCUUCAUUUUAUUGCACUCUCAGUCUUGCUCCAUCAUUUUUUCUUUUUCAUCUCUUUCUUUCUUUCUUCUUUUUCAUUUUACUGCUAUCUCAUACUUUUUCUAUAUCUUUCUUUCUUUCUCUUUUCUUUCUGUUCCAUCUGUUCAUUUUCUCACGAGAACAGAAUUUGAAAAACAAGAGAGAAGUGGGAAGGGAAAAUAA